GGACGUGCUGGUGAACCGCUCCGCUUCGGUCCUGCGUUCAUUUCACUAACGGUUAACGUACAGAGUCAUCAGCGCGUUUAAAUAAAACGGUCGUAGUUUAAAGCUUUCCAUCAUAGGAACUCUAGCCAGCAGAAUGGCAGGUGCCGUGGUUGGCGGCAAGGGUUGUGUGACGCUCCGCGGCGCUCAGAUCCGAGACUUGCUGGACUCGAAGCACAACGUGCUGUUCGACUGCGACGGCGUGAUCUGGAACGGGGAAGCGGCCGUUACCGGGGCUCCGGAGGUGGUCAGUCUGCUCAAGCAGCGGGGAAAACGGGUGUUCUUCGUCACUAACAACUGCACCAGGCCGCGGGAGAACUACGUGCAGAAGUUUAGCCGCCUGGGCUUCACGGACAUCGCGGAGGAGGAGAUCUUCAGCUCGGCGUACUGCUCCGCCGCGUACCUGCGCGAUGUGGCCCGGCUCCAGGGGAAGGUGUUCGUGAUCGGCUGCGGCGGGGUGAUGAAGGAGCUGCAGGACGCCGGGGUCCCGGUGCUGGAGGAGGAUGAAGCCGCAGACCGGGAGCCGGGAACCAGCAUCUACAACUGCCCCCUGGAUCCGGAUGUCAAGGCUGUGCUGGUCGGAUAUGACGAGAACUUCACCUUCAUGAAGCUGGCCAAAGCUAGCUGUUACCUGAUGAACUCUGAGUGCUUGUUCCUGGCCACCGACCCGGACCCCUGGCACCCGCUGAGAGGAGGCAGGAUCACCCCGGGUUCCGGGAGUCUCACGGCGGCUCUGGAGACAGCCAGCAGCAGGAAGGCCACGGUCAUCGGGAAGCCCAGCCGCUUCAUGUACGAGUGCAUCGCCAGUCAGUUUGACCUGGAUCCGGAUCGCUCGCUGAUGGUCGGCGACCGCUUGGAGACGGAUAUUCUGUUCGGCAGCAACUGUGGGCUUUCCACCGUCCUCACGCUCACGGGCGUCUCCACGCUGGAGGAGGCGCACCGGUACAGGGACAGCGAGGAGCCGGGGCAGAAGGACUGCGUGCCCGAUUACGUGGUGGAGUCCGUGGCCGAUUUCCUGGAGGCCCUAGAGGAGUAAAACACACACACACUCACACCACGACUGUAUCCGCAGUUUCAAUCCCGAUGCUGUUUCUCAUGUACAGUUAAGUGUCUCCACAGCCUGGUCAAUAACAUCACCACCAUGAAUAGUGUGUCAUGAAUGUGUUUGAGACGCCGGACGCUCACCUUAAAUGUUCUCCUGAAGUGUGAGUAAAUGAUGACCAAGUUCUA